UGCCCAUCAAUGCCACCUGCCAGUGCCCAUCAGUGCCACCUAUCAGUGCCAGUCAGUGCCACCUAUCAGUGCUGCCAAUCAGUGCCACCUAUCAGUGUCAGUCAGUGCCGCCUCUCAGUGCCAGUCAGUGCUACCUAUCAGUGUGCAUCAGUGCCACCUGUCAGUGCCACCUAACAGUGCCAGUCAGUGCCGCCUAUCAGUGCCACCUAUCAGUGCCGCCUAUUAGUGCCAUAUAUGAGUGCUGCCUCUCAGUGCCCAUCAGUGAUG